AUGUCUGGUGGAGGUGUUAAGAAUCGUCGUAUCUCGUUGGGCUCACCGAAAGAUUUAAAAGAAGUUCACUUCUUUGAAGAAGAGUCCAUCCCAGAUGUACCAUCGAAAGGUGCACGUUUAAAUGGGGAAACGUUUCAUCAAAUUAAGGUGUGCUAUGCGGGAGUGUGCUUAACUGAUCGUGAAGUUACGAAUACAAAACAAGCACGAAUUACAAAUGGUAUCAAAGAUACAUCGCUUUUCCCAGGUUACGAAGUUUCGGGAGUAGUUGAAGCUUUCGGCGACGAGACAAAUCCGACAGAAUUCGAUCUGAAAAUUGGUGAUAAGGUGAUCGUAUGGCCAACGGAUGAGAUGUGUCAACACGGUUAUGCGGACUUUGUCACUGUUCCAAGUCUGCAGUUUCUCAUCAAAAUUCCCGAGACACUUUCUAUGCAUGUCGCGUCGAUUCUACCAGCAGGUGCCACUUGGGCGCUCUCUGCAGUUAUUCAGGCAAGACCAAUUGUGGAAGCAUUCUCGCAGUCAAAAGGCUUUUGCAAUAUACUGAUUGUCGGGGCUGGUGGUCUGGGUUUGUGGUUGUUGAAGUUGGCCAAACAUUUCCUUUCUGGACAUCAAGACAGGAAAAUCAAGAUAAUGGUUGCGGAUGCACGUGAAGAGCGUUUAUGUUUGGCUGAAAGAAAUGGUGCGGAUUUCGUUGUUCAUUGGGAUGAUUCAGAAUUCGAGGAAUAUCUUAUAAUGCGGACAAAAGAUGUGGCCAGAACGGGCGUUCAGGUGGUAUUUGAUUUUGUCACAUCGCCACGUACUGUUACACGUUCACUGAAAUGUCUUGCUGAGGGCGGUGUUCUAUUUGUGGGUGGUCUUUCCGGUCUAGACGUUCAACUGCCAAUCAAGCUGGUCGCACGUAAUCGUCUCGCGAUAAUGGGUGUUACGCGCGGUUCUAUCGAGCAACUGAAGAAUUUGGUUUGUCUCAUUGCCGGCGGUCAGAUUGAUGCACCUGACUACAGAGUCUAUCCGGUCAAUCAAGCUUCACAGGUACUGAAACAGCUGAGUAUGUCAGAAGUGGAAGGUCGCGCUAUCUUAGAGGUGUGCGAUCCGAACACAGCACUUCAACCAAACGCGACUGAAACGCACUGA